UUUUCGUUGAUCAAUUAUUUCAAAUAAUAUAAAUUAUUAUUUUUUAAAAUAUAUUUUUAAAUUCGUUCAUUGUCCGAAAAUAAAGGUGCCCUAAUUUGAAUUCGAGCGGUGAAGGAAUGAAUUAUAAAAUGCGAACCAACCAACCAUUUUUCUCUCCUCUUUCUCCAACUCCAACCUUUAAAAGUCAACGGAAGGACACAGCCCUUGAGCCCAGACCAACUCAUCGUCCGAACCAAUGGCUCCUCGUCCUCCUCCUCCAUCCGUCCGACUCAUCUCCGACUGUUUCAUCAAACCACACCAACUUCUGCCGCCGUCGAACCGCCACCUCCACUUGCCGCCAUGGGACCUCGCCAUGCUCCCCAUCCACUACAUCCAAAGGGGCCUCCUCUUCCCCCUCCCUCCUCGCUGCCUCGACUCGGGCGGCUUCAACCGCCCCGCUUUCAUCCAUUCUUUCUUGGAAAAACUCAAGCGAUCUCUCUCUUCCACCCUCGCCCACUUCUACCCGCUUGCCGGCCGCCUCGCCACCCUCAAGCGGACUGACCCCCUGUCCUACACCGUCUCCGUCGACUGCGCCAACAGCCCCGGUGCUCGGUUCAUCCAUGCUGCGCUCGACAUGACUGUGGCUGACCUUCUCUCCCCUACGUACGUACCGGCCGUCGUCCGGUCCUUCUUUGACCAUGACCGGGCGGUCAACCACGACGGCCACGCCCUGCCCCUGCUGUCCGCGCAGGUCACCGAGCUCGCCGAUGGUGUCUUCAUCGGGCUCUCCAUGAACCAUGCUGUUGGCGAUGGCAGUUCCUUCUGGCUCUUCUUCAACUCAUGGUCCGAGAUCUUCCAAGCGCAAGAGAAAGGCACCGUUGAUGUUGUCCAGCUGUCGCGACCCCCGAUCCUGACCCGGUGGUUCCCGGAGAACCACCCUGGCCCGGUAAGCCUGCCUUACAUGAAUGACCCAUCGUCGUUCCUCACCCACUUCGAAGCCCCCGAGCUCAGGGAGCGAUUCUUCCACUUCUCCACCGACGCCAUCGCGGGGCUCAAGGGAGAGGCAAACCGGCAAUGCGGCACCGCCAAUAUCUCGUCCUUCCAGUCCCUGACUGCCCAUGUAUGGCGGUGCAUCACACGUGCCAGCCGCCUCUCGCCCGAACAGGUCACAAGCUGCUAUAUGGCCGCGAACAACCGGGGCAGGCUGGACCCCCCAGUUCCACCGGAAUACUUUGGGAACAUGGUCACGCCGUUGAGGACGGCAGUGACAAUAGGGGAGCUGCUGGAUAGAGGCCCUGGGUGGGCGGCGCGGCAACUGCAUGCGACAGUGGCGGAGCACAACGCCGUGAAGCUGCGGAAGUGGAACGAGGAGUGGAUCAAGAGUCCGCAUAUGUACCACCUGGGCAGAAUGUUCGAUCCGUGCAACGUCAUGAUGUGGAGCUCGCCGCGGUUCAACAUGUACGGCAACGAGUUCGGGCUGGGGAAGGCCGUGGCUCUGCGAAGCGGGUACGGGAACAAGUUUGACGGCAAGGUCUCAGGCUACCCGGGCCGCGACGGAGGCGGGAGCGUUGACCUGGAGAUCUGCCUAUCGCCGGAGAAGAUGGCGGUUCUCGAAGCUGACACGGAAUUCAUGACCGCAGUGACGGCUUCGUAGGUCGGAGGCUGUCAAAAUUGAGCGAUCCACUUUCAAAAUGUUCUAAAUUUCUCGAUGAUGUCGAAAUUUGUCCAGAAAAUUCUCUUUCAUUAUUAUGUCGAAAAGUGGUAGGCUGGAAAACCUUCUUCGAAUGUCAAAGGUUUCGAGGGCUCUAAACAAAUCUUUAUAUUAAUAAAAAAAUUGUAGGACAAAAGAUCUACAGAAGUCCAAAAUUGCAAG